AAAAGAAAGAAACCAUCACUUUCGUUGUCACUGCUUGUGUGUCCUCUGGAAUUAAAAUAGCUCAGUGGGUUAAUAAACCUUCCAUUGCCUCCUGGCCUCUGUGGGGUCAAAAUGUGUAAGGAAAGAAACCAAACACAGUCUAGCCAUCUUCACUGAUUGGAGUCUAAGCCAGUUUCCUCCCUGGGUAUUGUGCUGCGUUGGGGCAUGAGAGAGCUGGACAUCGCACACGCUUGUCCUUGAGGCCAGAACUAGGCAGAGCCAGUUGUGGGCACUCCUCACAAGGUGUGGCCUGGCUGCUCUUUGCUGUCUUUGAAAUCCUGGGAAUCGUUCAUAUCAGUAUUUAUCUCAGCUUAGACCUUGUAAUUCCCACAUUGACCUGCUAAGAACUAAGGCCAAAGCAGAGACUGGGGUGGAGUUUGAGGUACAGCAGCUAUGGAAUAACAUUUAAGGUAACUGUUAGUACCUGGUUGGAUUUCAAGGAUAAGAAUAGUGGCCAUUGUAGACUGGAGGAAGCUGAGGUAAAUGUAACAGACAGCCCUCCAACCCACAUCUACCGUUGUCCACCUCAGGCUUAGGGUCCCCGCAUGUGCCCCAGGUGAUUUCUCCAUGCAGAGAUGAGGCAGUGCUAAAAGACUCCAAGGGAGCUCUGUCUUUUCACUACAGCUUAACAGCUGAGGUGGACUUUGCCCUUCUCCUCUGAAGUCCUGCCAGCCAUCUUCCCAGUUCCCAUUGUAGGCAGAUGCCCUCUAAACCUUCACCAGCAAGCGUGGUCUCCUGGUCCUCCCUGGGCCCACACUCUAUCUUGCUUUGACCCUUUACUAACUUGUCCCAGGGCACCAGCAGAACGGUGAUAUAGUAGCUCCCCAGGAUCCCCUCAGCCUCUGAGUCAGCUGUGCUUACCAUGAGGAAAUGCUUCCAAGCAACAGAAAGGAAGUUUCUCCCCUGCUAGUGUGCUGGGAUGGAAACUCUAUCUCCACUGGAAUCCAGGAGUAGAAGAGAAAGACAAACAAACUCAGAGCAUCCACCCUGGUUCAGGCCCUCCCUUUCCCCAGAGAUUCCCCCUCCCACCCCAGCUUCUGGGAUGAGUUCUUGCCGUCAGCCUGCCCAGACUGUCACACACAUUCCAGGGUUCACGUUCAUAAACACAGUCUGUGGACAACAGUGCCAGCACCUCCCACCUGCAAGGGAGCAGCUCUUCCCAAAGACGGGGUACUCCAGCUGUCGACUUUCACCAGGGCUGUUGCCCAUCAUCUCCAAGAAUAAACUCCAGCUAGUGGCUGCGUGGAUCUGAAUCAUCUGGGAGAUUCCAAAGGAGGGGAGUGACUGCCCAGGACAGACAAGCAGGCUAUAUAAGUUCCCCAGAGUUGGGCUCCACACAGAUCUCCUCCUGCGGCUACUGCCUGCCAGAGAGUUACCUCCAGAGAGCUUGUGUGGCAUCUACCAUGUCUGAGGUUGGCGCUCCUGAAGCCCCCAUCAAGAAGAAACGCCCCCCUGUGAAGGAAGAAGACCUGAAAGGGGCCCGAGGGAACCUGGCCAAGAACCAGGAGAUCAAGUCUAAGACAUACCAGGUCAUGCGGGACUGUGAGCAAGCCGGCUCAGCUGCCCCAUCUGUAUUCAGCCGCAACCGCACAGGUGCUGAGACAGUCUUUGAGAAGCCCAAAGACGGACCUGCCAAGAGUGUCUUUGGCUGAGAAGUACACCUGGACACAGGAGCCUUUCCCACAAACUUUUUUUUUUUUUUUUUUAAUGCUGGAAGAUGCCUUUCCCCUGCUAUCUCUGGAACCAUCAUGACUCCCCACAGCCUUCGCCCUUCUUUACCAGCAUCCUGGAAAAGCCAAUAAAGAGAAUGCCCAAGUUGUUCCAACCUUGGAAAGGUGUCUUGGUCAGCGCCCACGGCCACUAACUGGAGAGGAAAAGAGGAAAGUAUGGGGAUAUAACAUCUUCAGUGCCCUUCCUGGGCUCUGAGGAGGGCCAGGGAAUAAUGUGAGUGCUUUCAGGACCACUGAGGCAUACUAGAAAGAGCUGGUAUGGACCUUCUGAUGGCUGUAGACUUGCCUAUUCUUUCUAAUUGUUUCAGGCUGGAGAGAUGAGGCCAUAGCUAAGAGUACUUGCUCUUCGUUUAGAAGACCCUGGUUAAGUUCCUAGUAUCUACAUGGUGGCUCACAACCAUUUAACUCUGUCACCCUUUUCUGACCUCUGCGGGCGUUGUAUACAUGUGGUACACCUGUAGUCAAAGUAUUCAUAUACCUAAAAUAAAAAUGAAUUUUAAACCUAA